CCGAAAUGCAUUGACGCUACCUAUCUCUGGCGCCAUUAGAAAACACUGGGGAAUCCCUGAAUGAAACUCGGUUUCACCUUGUUUGGAAAAUCCACUUUUGUACAUUGGCCCCAAGGGUCAACACAGGUACGAAAUCAACGAUGGGAAUAAAGGUCCAGCGUCCACGCUGCUUCCUCGACAUAGCCAUCAGUAAUGUGCUUGUUGGAAGAGUUGUGGUGGAAUUGUUUUCUGACGUCUGUCCCAAAACAUGUGAGAACUUCCGAUGCCUCUGCACAGGGGAGAAGGGGAUUGGGAAAGGAACUCAGAAACCACUGCAUUACAAAGGAUGCCUAUUCCACCGAAUUGUAAAGGACUUUAUGAUUCAAGGAGGAGACUUUAGCGAAGGCAAUGGAAAAGGGGGUGAAUCCAUCUAUGGAGGAUUCUUCGAAGAUGAAAGCUUCUCCAUCAAACACAACAAGGAGUAUCUCCUGUCGAUGGCUAACAGAGGCAAGGAUACCAACGGGUCACAGUUUUUCAUAACCACAAAGCCCACACCUCAUCUUGAUGGUGUCCAUGUGGUCUUUGGCCAAGUGAUCUCCGGUCAAGAAGUCGUCAAGACUAUGGAGAGUCAGAAAGCCGAUCCAGGCAGCAAACCCUAUUCUGAAGUCAAAGUUCUAAACUGCGGAGAGCUCAUUCCUAAAUCUCGAGCUAAGAGAGAGGAGAAGAGACGUCAGAAGGCGUCUGCGUCUAGUGACAGCGACACCUCCUCGGACUCCGACACCUCCUCGGACUCCUCCUCGGACUCCUCCGACUCCGAAAAAGAGUCCAAGAAACGCAAGAAGAAGCUCAAGAAGGAGUCCAAGAAGAAGGAGAAGAAACAGAAGAAGAAGAAAGAAAAGAAAGGGUCGGAGGCGGGCAGCGCCGAGGAGAACGACGAGGAGCAGGUGACGUCCACGGUGCGGCCCGAGGAGAUCCCGCCCAUCCCUGAGAACCGCUUCCUCAUGAGGAGGAGCCCGCAGCAGCAGCAGCAGGAGGAGGCAGGGAGGGACAGGAGGAGGAAGGAGGACAAGCCCAGAGACAGCAUGUUGAAUUCUCAAUCAACAUACAACAGGAGGCUUGUGAUGACCAGAUCAGGCAGGAAGAUUAAAGGCAGAGGCCCAAGACGGUAUCGCACCCCGUCCCGCUCCAGAUCCCGAUCGAGGGAUCGUUUCCGUCGAAGCGAGACCCCCCCGCACUGGCGCCAGGAGAUGCAGCGGCAGAGGGUGCGAGCGUCCAGCGGGGAGCGCUGGAUCAAGGGGGACAAGGGUGACAUGAACGAGGGCAGGGGUGAAACGGCUAAAGCUGCCAGAGGAGGAGAGAGGAGGCCUUCUGACAACCCCUCUGACGGCCCCAACAAAACCAGAGAGAGAGACAAGAAGGCCCGCGCCCACAGGUCCAGGAGCAGAGACAAGGACGAGAAGCAGAACAAGCCCAAGGAGAAGAGAAAGGCCACGUCCAGGAGCCGCAGCAAGAGCAAGGAGACGAGCGCCAGGUCCAAAAGCAGAGAGGGGGGUCCUAAACAGAGCAAAGGAGAUGAGAGGAGCAGCCACUCAAGGAGCAAGGACCGCUCUGGGGAAGACAAAGAGGAGGUGACCGAGUCAGCGCCUCAGGAAACGAAUAGUAGCAAAGAUAGAAGUGAAGACGGAAGUAAAGAGAGAUGGAAGCAGGCUGAACCUGACGAGCAGAAAGACGACAGUAAGGGGAAGAACGGAGAGGGGAUCAGGGCCAAGUCGCCACGCAAGGAGAGGAACUCUGCCAAGGACAGACACCGAUCCAACAGCAGGAGCAGGGAGAGGGGGAGGCGGGGCGCUUCGCGAGACAAGGACCAAGGCAGGGGGAAGGGCAGGGAGCGCAGCAGGAGCGCAGACAAGAACAAGACCAGGGAGCGCAGCAGGAGCGCAGACAAGAACAAGACCAGGGAGCGCAGCAGGAGCGCAGACAAGAACAAGACCAGGGAGCGCAGCAGGAGCGCAGACAAGAACAAGACCAGGGAGCGCAGCAGGAGCGCAGACAAGAACAAGACCAGGGAGCGCAGCAGGAGCGCAGACAAGAACAAGACCAGGGAGCGCAGCAGGAGCGCAGACAAGAACAAGACCAGGGAGCGCAGCAGGAGCGCAGACAGGAACAAGGGCAGGGAGCGCAGCAGGAGCAAGACCAGGGAGCGCAGCAGGAGCAAGACCAGGGAGCGCAGCAGGAGCGCAGACAGGAACAAGGGCAGGGAGCGCAGCAGGAGCGCAGACAGGAACAAGGGCAGGGAGCGCAGCAGGAGCGCAGACAGGAACAAGACCAGGGAGCGCAGCAGGAGCGCAGACAGGAACAAGACCAGGGAGCGCAGCAGGAGCGCAGACAGGAACAAGGGCAGGGAGCGCAGCAGGAGCGCAGACAGGAACAAGGGCAGGGAGCGCAGCAGGAGCGCAGACAGGAACAAGGGUAGGGAGCGCAGCAGGAGCGCAGACAGGAACAAGGGCAGGGAGCGCAGCAGGAGCGCAGACAGGAACAAGACCAGGGAGCGCAGCAGGAGCGCAGACAGGAACAAGGGCAGAACCUCUCACAGAGGCAGGCGCUCCCGAAGCAGGAGCGGACACGGCGAGCGUAGCAGAGACAGGUCAGCUCACAGGAGGACCAGGGAUGACGGGGGCACCAGGCGGAGGUCUCGGAGCCGACACGGAGACAGCCCCGCCUCCAGGAGGAGCCCCGCCUCCAGGAGGAGCCCCGCCUCCAGGAGGAGCCCCGCCUCCAGGAGGAGCCCCGCCUCCAGGAGGAGCCCCGCCUCCAGGAGAAGCCCCGCCUCCAGGAGGAGCCCCGCCUCCAGGAGGAGGGGGGACAGUCCGCAGAAAGAGACGGGGAAAAGCAAGGACAGAGAUCACGGCAAGAAGUACAGCUCCAGCUCCAGUUCUGAUGACAGUGACUAGGUAGAAAAGUUCACUUAACAGUCCUAAAAAAAUACAAAAAUGAUCAUCCUGUUGCCCUAACCUGUAGAGAAAUGUCAUGUUAUAUUUGUUGGCUUUUCAACGACUGCUAUUUCGGAGGUGUUUAGUGUUUUGCAGAGGAUGUGACAGACAUCUGUUUUGGUCGUGUCCCUCGUUUUAUUUUCUGAAAUUGUUAAUGGUUUCUUUUUACAAAUGUUCCCAGUGUGAUCAGUGAAGAGGAUGUGAUGUGUCUCAGCAAGCUGCUGUGGGAAUGUCUCACAGUAAACACGCACACCAGCUUAGAUUUGGCUCCAUUUUGACAGCUCAAAGGGAAAGAACGUGCAUUUUAGUGUAACAAUUUGAAGAGUCGACAUCCUCGUUUUUGUUUCAGCAUCCCAUAAUAUUACGGUGAGAUUACACGCACACAUUACCACACAGCCGAAGGAUUGUUUUUAACAUGCUAAUGUUUUUCCUUUUUUGUUUUAAACGGUCAGCAUUGAAAUGGAACAUUUCAAAUUGGUUUGUAAUUAGUUUAUUUUGUCUUCAUUUAUUUGAAGGUGAUAUUUCAGAUAUGAGUUGUGGUUAAUUGGUUGCAACUAGCAUACUGGAACAAGAUUUCUGUAACCAAAUUGAUGUGAAUCCUUACUUUUUUGUACAUUGAUCGUAUCCAUUCUACAUUUUUUUUCUUUAAUUGAACUGUAAAAUACGUGGUUGAAAAUGUUUAUCAUGUUAUUACAUCCCGGGCAUGACUUUUCUUUUAUCUAGAACUAAAAAAUAAUUAAAUAUCUUCUGACAUGUCUUUUGAAUAAAGUCAAAUGGUUUUCA